AUGUCGGAUCGCAUUAUUCCAAAUUAUAGAAUUAAGAGAAUUCUCGAAAUUGAUGAACAUGUUCCUAAAAUGAACAAAAAGGCGUUAACAACACUCGCAACCUCACUGAAGAUUUUUUUGCAAGAAUACGCCAAAGAUGUGCAUAAACACAUUGUUAACACAGGAGAUUCCUACCCCGUGAAUACCAAACAUAUUAUAAAUGUAUCGUAUGAUCCGAGAUUUAUCAAGUAUGAGUUCCUAACACAUGCUAGGAAGAUUAUCGAAAAACAUGAUGAUAGUGCUACUCCAAUGAGUAAACUAGUUGGAACUGUGAAUAAUAUUGGUUCCUCUUACCAUACUAACAACUCAGGUUUAAGUAAUAAAGCUUCAGAAAAGACUGAGGAUUCUGUAGUUAAGAGUAAACAGUUUGAAGACUCUGUAAAGAACAAGACUGAUGUUAAUAUUGACAGCGGUAAAAAAGGCCUUAAAAGGGCGUUAAAAUCAGUUCCGAAGGACAGCUCUAAAAAAAUCAAAAAUUCUAUCUUAUCAUAUUUCACCACUAGAAAUUAA